AUGACCGUGACGCGACGCCGUCAGCAUGUCUGGUUUCGCGACUGGCAGCGCAUCGUCACCGCCCACCGCCUUGCGCGUUUGCAUCAAAUCCGACGCCUUGGUCAUCUCCUCGCUGUCUGGCGCGACCACACGCGCUACGUACUAGCGUGUCGCGUCCAGCUCGCCGUGGCCUACGACCGCCUAUCCUUGGUGGCCCAUUGGUCGCAUUGGCGCGCGACCGUCGCGCGCACGCGGCGUAUUCAUCGGUUGGUGCAAGCGCGGUGGGACCGAACCUGCGCCCGCGUCUUGCACGGCUGGUACCAAGUGCUCACGUCAAGCAUGCUCGGUCAGUACCACGCGCAGAGACGGUGGCGAACCAAGCUGGUGACGAUCCUACGUCGAUGGCAGCGCCGUGCCAGCAUCACGCAGCUCAUUGCACGCAGCCAGCGUCGCCGGCGCCGGGUCCUCUUUGGUCACUGGAUAUCGCACACGUGCGUGCAGCAAGCUGUUCGGGUGAUGCAGGUCCAGCGCCAAAACCGUCAGCUCGCCAUCUUGCUCUUGACGUGGCAGCGAACGGCGCUGUUGGCCCAGUGCCGUCGACGGGCGAUACGAAAAAUGGUAUACGGAGUGUGGGGUCGCUGGCGUCAGUUUGUCGAUCAACGAAGAGAGCGUGCGCAGUGGCAUCGACAACUGUGGGUCGUGCUCGAGCGCGAUUACGGUGGUCGGCCGCCGACGCAAACCGGGUCGCAGGCGUAUCGGCAAAGUGCCCAACUGCUGCACGAGGCCCGUACCCGCCGACACUUGAUGCAGGUCAUUGUGGCAGCAUGGCGGCGCCUACUGCCAGUCCCGCGCUUGGUGACGGUGCCACGUCACCGCCGUCAAAACGUGCCAUAA